CAUGAAAAUGACUACAUUGUUUCAUUAAAUGUGAACGAUUGAAUAAUGCCUAUGUUUCACACUCUUAUAUUUGUACUUAAGUAUGUGAAUGUGUAUGCAAAGUACACCCUACUCCAAGUUCACAUCUCUAUCUCUCUAUUCCCCCCUGAGAUGUCAACAUUGAACCAUGUUGUAGACCUCCAACUGCAAGAACAGAUCUGCUAUGUGCAAUGUGGUUUCUGCACCACAGUUUUACUGGUUUGUGUACCAUAUAGGUGUUUAUCUAUGGUGGUUACAGUCAAAUGUGGCCAUUGCACAAGUCUUUUCCCAGUCAACCUGAUGAGAUCCGCUUAUUUUCCUCUCCAUGUCUUUUCUUCUGUUGAUAACCAAGAAAAUCCAAAUGUGGAAGCUUCCAAAGAAGAUGAACAAGUUCCUGAACCAACCUUGAGCAAACAUAGCUCUACCCCUCUCAUAUCAUCAUCAUUGUCAUCACACGAAGACGACGAAGAUGAUCUUGAAGUUCACAUCGUCAAGAAGCCACCGGGAAAGAGGCAACGUGCCCCAUCUGCUUAUAACAAAUUCAUCAAAGAGGAGAUCAGAAGGCUGAAGACACAACAUCCUAACAUGACUCAUAAACAAGCUUUCAGUGCAGCUGCCAAAAAUUGGGCUCACUCAGUACCACCAAGACAACAAAAUGAAGAAGUCAAAUCAAAUGGCUCAGAUGGUGAUCCCACAUUGAUGAUCCAGGAGUGUGGUGGUUCGGACCGGACGUCUUAAGUUACAUAUCUGAAAGAAUGCUAGGUGAAGGACAUUUUGAAGAUUAGAGAAUUGAUAUGAUAGUGACUUUAGUGGUUAAAAUUUUCUUGUGCAUAUAGGUUUAUCUU